AUGGAAAAAUUCACUCAUCUGGAAGCUCUGCUGUUUACUUCUGUGCUGGAGCAUUGUAUUGAUCAGCUCUCAAUUCUUGGAUAUAUCAUGCCAGUUUCAUGCGAGGGCAAGACAGACAUCAGCCAUACUGGCAUCCAGGAAAUGAAAGAAAUCAUAGAGACCCAGAAGGAGCUGGACAUGAACUACCAAGAGCUUAUGUCAGCAAGGCAAGGGAGUGAGGAAAGAGCUACCUCCAUGUCUCAGAAAAGCAUCAAACACAAGCAGCAGCUGGGCAAAACUGAAGAUCUAAAAAGUACCCAUCGUCUUUCCAACAGGGCUAUGAAACACAGUGCUCAGUCUGUAAAGAAACUCAGAAAAAUUCAGGCUGAUAGGCAGUAUGCAAGUGAUGUAAUUACACUUACUAUGAAAAAGAUGCAGGAAUCGGGAACAUUUGAUAGCCUAACAGAAGCUAACGAGAGAGAGAAGGCAAAAAUGAUCAAGUUUCAUGAUUUCCUCAUCAGGGAGGAGGAAGGAAAGAAGGAGAUAAAGUCACUUGAGAAACAGCUGCAAGAUGUCAAGAAAGAAACUGAAAUAGAACUUCAGAACCGAGAUAAUAUGAUUGCUUACCUCAAAGACGAGCUCCAAGAGAUGAAGGCCAAAACGGACGUGGAGCGCUGCUACAUGAAGAAAAGCACCGAUCUCCAGGUCCACCAAACCAAGAAGAAGUGCAGCAAUGCAGAGGAUGUCCUGGACAAGGAAAUUCAGAAGUUGAGGAGCAAAACUGAGGAGGAGAUUCGAGUCCACACGGAGAUUGAAAAUUUCCUCAGGCAGCACCAUAAGAAGGUGGAAGAGAAGCUGGAAUAUUGGGUGGACAAGUAUAAAAACGACACGGACGCUAAAGACGAAGAACUGGAUGCCCUAAAAGCAUCAAAGGCAAACAACUUGGAAACGCUGCAGGGACUUGCCAAGGAGUGCCUGAUGUUUGAAGAAACCAUCAUCAGUGACCGUGUGGAAAAGGAGGCUAAAAGAAGACAACUGGAGCAGGAUGCCCUCGAGCUGAAAAGCAUCCUGAAGCUGCAGGCCUGGUGGAGAGGUACAAUGGUCCGCAGAAAUCUUGGCCCCUACCAGGUCAGGAAGAUUUGGGAGAAACGAUCAAAGCAGAAAGAGAAAGUGAAGAAGGAAAAAUCUGGAGCAAAGAAAAGGACAAGAUAA